AUGCGUUCUUCGCCUCGCGCUCGUGCGCCCCCGUCUGCUUCGGGCUCUUCGCCUAGUUCUCUGAACGACCUGUUCGUUCCCCCCUCGCCUGUGCCCGACCGGUCCCGGAAGAGCGCGCGCCUGGCGUCCCAGGAUGCUGGGUCCGUCCUCACCUUCCUCACGGCCCGUGGCGUCGUGCCAGUACGCCACCGUGCACUGUAA